AUGGCUACUUAUCCUCUUAGGAGCAGUGUGUUGGGAGAGAAAGGGAUGAGUGUGGAGAGAAUGUCCGGGUUUUCUGUGAAGGGACCGGCUGAGCCCAUCAUGGUUCUGCUAGGGGCAGAUGCCACUCUGCCCUGCCAGCUGUCCCCUGAGCAGAGUGCAGCCCACAUGCACAUUCGGUGGUACCGAACCCAACUGUCCCCCGCUGUGUUUGUGUACCAGAAUGGACAGGAACAAGGUGGGGAGCAAAUGCUGGAGUACCGCGGCAGGACAGAGUUGGUGAGGGACUCCAUCAACAAAGGGGGAGUGGCCCUGCUGAUCCAACACGUUCGUGCCUCUGAUCAUGGCCAGUACCGGUGUCAUUUUAAGGAUGGUCAGAGCUCCCAAGAGGCUAUUGUGGAGCUGCAUGUUGUAGGGUUGGGCUCUGCACCUCAUGUUCAUAUGAUGGGACCUGAGGAUGGUGGGAUCCGAGUGCUGUGCUCUGCAGAUGGCUGGUUCCCAAAACCCAGGGUGCAGUGGAGUGACAUGAUGGGAGUGAAUCUACAGUCCCUCUCUGAGUUUCAGACCCAAGAUGAAGAUGGGCUCUUUCGUGUGGAAGCAUCUCUUGUGGUCACAGACAGCUCUCUGGGCAAUGUGACCUGUUCCAUCCAGAAUCCCCUCUCUGGACAGGAGAAAGCAUCAGCCAUCCUCCUCCCAGAGCCCUUCUUCCCCAGGAUGGACCCAUGGAAGGCAGCCCUGGCUGGAACAGUCCCUGUGCUGAUGCUCCUCCUCAUUGGGAUCAGCUACACUGGCUGGAGAGAACAUCAAGCCAAAGAAAGAGAAGUAAAGAAAAAGAAAAGAGAAUCUCAUGAAAGAGAUCAGAUGAAAAAUGAAAAGGAAAUGGCACUUAAGGACAAAGAUAACCUCAAGGAAGAGCUUGAACAGCGAAAGAAAUUAUACCUUGCAGAUUGGAGGAAGGCUCUGCUGUAUCCUGACUGGAGGAGGGAACUGUUCCGGCCUGUGGAUGUGACUAUAAAUCAGGAAAUCCGUCAGAAUAAUUCUGACCCAGAGAGAAAACAGAAGCUCAGAGAGGAAACACAGGAUCUAUCUCUUAGUGAUAAGAAAGGAGAUUGCAACCUUAUCACACUUAAUCAGGAAGGCUUCACCUCAGGAAGACAUUACUGGGAAGUGGAUAUUAAGAACACUGAUGAGUGGACUCUAGGCAUUUAUGAGAUGCCCACAGGCAAGAUUGGGUUAUCCACAGAUCUACAAAACAAGAAAUUCAGAGUCUUAGAGAAGAAAGGAUGUAAAUACAGGGCUCUUACCUAUGGCCCUCAAGACAUUUCCCUGGAAGAGCAUCUCCUGAUAGAAAAGUAUCCACAAAAGAUUGUGAUUUUUUUGGAUUAUGAAGACAAGGACAUUUCUUUCUAUGACAUGACUCAGGGCACCCACAUCUUUUCCUUCACCCAGGCAAGAUUCUAUGGCUCACUCUAUCCUUACUUCAGCUUUAAAUCCAUGCAGCAUUCCCCAUCUGAGCAAUAUUAA